AUGCUCCUCGGCUUAGCUUACCCUGAGCUACGACUAGAUUUUUUUGUCUGGCUCAUCACCCACCGUGCAGACAUCGAGGAUACAGUUUCGUAUCACUUAGGCUUAACGGGAUCGGAGAUAUGCCGGCUCGGAGAAGUGAGAGAGUGGAUACAUGGCAGUUUCAAUGUUUGCAUACUAGUUUAUGUUGAUAAUUGGCACAAGCAUCCAGGGAGACGAGUCAUGAUCAGAUUCCCUUUGCCUUACAAGAUAGGAGAAUCUACAUUUCCUGGUAACGCCGACGAGAAACUCCGCUGUGAGGUCGCUACAUUCAUUUGGAUACAGGAGAAUUGUUCCCAUGUUCCUAUACCUUACCUAUGGGGAUUUGGAUUUGUCGGUGGUCAGAGUUUCACGAAACCAGAUAGCGUAUCUUUGAAGAAAAGACUGGUUUGGUACCUUCGACGACACAUCUCAUCGCUCUUUGGAUUUACCCUACCUUGCCGUUAUAUAAGCCAUCGUCGUCAAUCUGUCUUAGAGCGUGGAUAUCUAGUCAUAGACUAUAUCGAGGACUCAGGCGUAAAGAUGCUCUCAGAGACAUGGGACGAAUUUCAACAUUGCGAAGUUCGAAAGAGAAACCUCUUCAGAGACUUGUCCCGUAUUAUGCUUUCGUUAGGUCAAUAA